GUAUUUAAAUAUAUUUUCAGAGACGUUUCUAGGUUUUAUUAUUAUUACAAAAGUACCGCACGCAGUGUAAAAUGUCUAGUGCUCCGCUUGAGGCUCGAUUCGGAAUGAUGGAGUUGAACAACUGGACAAUCUUCAGUUUAUUAGACAGAGAGUUUGCGGCACAGAUUAGGCUCGCGUGUGUCUUUGGUAACUUAGGAAACGAAGCCCUGUUAGUGACGAGGGAUGACGAGGUGUUUGCUCUUGGUUCUAACGGAGCUGGUUGUCUAGGACAAGGAGAUAUGCAUUCAUCCCUUCAACCCAAACAAAUAGAACCUCUCUGCUACAAGAAAGUAGUUGGGUUUGCGUACGGUUCUGGUCCUCAUGUACUUGCGUACACUGAGAGUGGUGAGUUGUACUCCUGGGGUCACAACGGAUACUGUCAACUAGGAAACGGAUCUACCAACCAGGGUCUUUCACCAACUUUAAUACAGAACUCUCUUACAGGAAGAAAGGUUGUAUCUGUAGCCUGUGGAUCUCAUCACUCCAUGUGUCUAACAUCAGACGGAGAUAUAUUCUCCUGGGGUCAAAAUAACUGCGGGCAGAUUGGAUCAGGGUCCACUACAAACCAAUCUACACCCAGGAAAGUAAGCGCUCCUUUUAACGGUCGGAAGGUUAUAGCAGUGACCUGUGGACAGACAAGUAGUAUGGCAGUAUUAGAGAACGGCGAAGUGUAUGGCUGGGGAUACAACGGGAACGGUCAGCUUGGUUUAGGGAACAAUAUUAAUCAGCUAACUCCUUGUAGGGUUACUGCAUUACAGGGUAUUGUAAUAACAAGUGUAGUAUGUGGAUACGCACACACCCUGGCGGUCAGUGACGAGGGAGCUUUAUACGCCUGGGGAGCUAAUAGUUACGGUCAACUUGGGACAGGAAACAAAGCGAAUAGUUGUACUCCGAUCAAGGUCGGAGAUGAUCUGGGUAGAAUAGUUGAAGUAGCAGCAACUCAUUACAAUCAUAUAUCUGCUGCAAUCACACAGGAUUCACGCUGUUACAUGUGGGGUCAAUGCCGGGGUCAGAGUGUUGUUGGACCAACAGAGACCCCAUUCACAUCUCUGCAUGACGUUUUUGCAUGCUUUGCAACCCCUAGUGUCACUUAUAUCCCAAUGGAAACCGAGGUCACUUCUGGUCCAAGCGUCCACGACAGCCUAAGAAUGGCUUUCGACGAUUCCACCACAUCUGACGUUCAGUUCCUCGUUGACAACAAGAACAUUCAUGCGCACAAAGCCGUUCUCAAGAUUCGUUGUGAACAUUUCAGAUCCAUGUUUCAGGAGCACUGGGAGGAAGGAAGUAUAGAAGGAUGUAUUGAUAUCCGACACUUUACCUAUCCAGUAUACAGGGCCUUCCUCAAAUACCUUUACACAGACGAGGUGGAUCUACCGCCUGAGGAUGCUAUUGGUUUACUAGACCUAGCCAAUUCCUACUGCGAGCAGCAGUUGAAGAGAAGAUGUGAGAGGAUUAUUAAACAAGGGAUUACUGUGGAGAACGUGGCUAUGCUUUAUGCUACAGCAAUCAAAUAUCAGGCAAAGGAGUUAGAGGAGUUCUGCUUUAAGUUCAGUUUAAACCAUAUGACAGCAGUCACACAGACAGAAGCGUUUACCAAACUAGACGAGGGCACGGUCAAGGACUUCAUAGCCAAGGCGGCGCAGAGUGGAGCAUUCAAAUCUUGAUGUUAACUCAUGGCCGGUUGACCAGUCAGAGAUGAUUCUUGGGUAGACUGGUCAUUGUGUCAGCUCAUUGCCAGUUGACCGAUCAUUAGUGUCUCAUGGCAUGUUGACCAGUCAGCAGGUUGACCGGUCAUUUGUUGACUACGCUAUGGAUAGCUCAACCUGUUGGGUUCAUUGCGUAACCUUAAGUAUUUACUCUACGUACUGUAUUUACUGUAUUCACUAUAUGUACUUGGGAUGUACACAGUACAGUAAAUUCAUGCAGUUUUUUACAAACAAUAAAAUCAAAUUAUAGGAGCUACAAGGA